AUGGCCUGGCGCUCUUCCGGCGCCACUAACGCGGCCUUGAUCGACAACCUCUACGCCCACGGGCUCAUCACCUCCGACCGCGUCCGUAACGCAAUGAAAUCCGUCGACAGAGCCCACUACGCACCCCACGCACCCUACCAAGACUCCCCUCAAACCAUCGGCCACCGAGCCACCAUCUCCGCACCACACAUGCACGCCAACGCGGCGGAGUCACUACUCCCGUAUCUCAAACCCGGGAGUAAGGUCCUCGACGUGGGCAGUGGGAGUGGAUACCUGACGCACGUCCUGGCGGAACUCGUGAGACCUGGGGGCAGAGUCGUUGGUGUGGAACAUAUCCGAGAACUUGUCGAUCUGGGAACGGAGAAUACGAGGAAGAGUGCGGAGGGGAGGGAGCUGUUGGAGGAUGGGGGCAUUCGAUAUGUCAAAGCGGAUGGGAGGUUGGGGUUUCGGGACGAGGCGCCUUUUGAUGCGAUUCAUGUGGGUGCUGCGGCAGCGGGGCAUCAGCAGGAAUUGAUUGAUCAGUUGAAGAGUCCUGGGAGGUGAGUUUGGAGCUGUGACAAUACACUUGCUGUGAAUGUGCAAAAGGCUAUGAAGGAGCAUGUGUGAUCAGGCGGUGGUCUAGCAAGAGACGAUGCUGACGGGAAUGUGUCGUAGGCUUUUCAUUCCGGUUGAGGAGGCUUAUAUGCAGCAUAUCUAUGUCAUUGAUAAGGAUGAGGAUGGCAAUUCGACGAAGAAGAAGGAAUAUGGCGUGCAGUAUGUGCCGCUCACGGAUGCGCCGACGGACUGA